UAUAGGUGGUGCUAAUGUCGACGACUUCGUCAAAUACUAAGAAGAGUUUGAGAGGUGAAAUAUCGGAUUUGCGAUACAAAAAUCCAAUAUGUAAAUGUGGAAAAUAUGCUGCAAUUUCGAGUAGUUGGCCCUACGAAAGACACCGAAGUUUUGAAGAAGAAGAUGAAGAAAUUUCAAAACCUGAAUCCAAUGUCAAUGAAGUGCUAUUUACCACGGUGAGGUCUGAAAUCGAGAUUAUUGCUAAAGCAAUAGAGUCAAACACAAAACGUGUUGAAAGAAUUAUCAACAUGAUUAAGUAUCUUUGGGUUAUUAAUGUUAUUGUUGUUGCAAUUGUGGCAAUGGCUAAGUAGACGAUUAUGUUGUUUAUUUAUAUGGUUAUCGUUGUUGCAAUUAUGGCCAAGUAGAUAUCCUUUUAAUUUGAUGAUGUAUUUAAGGACUAAUAGUGCAUCUACUUGUU